AUGGCGCCUUCAAAGGAGGUUGCUGUCGUUGGCUCCAAUGCCCUGACGUCGAUCGAUCCCGACCAGGUGUGUACCUCGCCAGCAACGCAGUCACCUCGUCCUGUCUGUCACAUUGGAACCUCCCAAAACGCUAACCGGUCAGUGCAGACUCUGAAAGCCUCCAAGGCUCUCCUAGCGCACAUCAAGAAGGCCGCUAAAGAAACCUCUGACAAGGCAACCAAGCGAAACCUUUACCAGGAUGACGACGACGACGACGGAGACACUCCCGUCUGGCUGACGCUCACCACGAAGCGUCACAUUGCCGACAAGGCUCGUCUCCAGCCCGGCAAGAUACCCGUCCCACACUCCCUCAACACAGACGAGAACAGCACCAUUUGCGCCAUCACCGCCGACCCCCAGCGAGCCUACAAGAACAUCAUCGGCUCAGACGAGUUCCCCGCCGAGCUGAGCAAGCGCAUCACCCGCGUCAUCGACUUCGGCAAGCUCAAAGCCAAGUACGGCCAGUACGAGGCACAGCGCAAGCUCUUCUCCGAGCACGACAUCUUCCUCGCCGACGACCGCAUCAUCAAUCGCCUGCCCAAGGUCCUCGGCAAAACAUUCUACAAAACCACCGCCAAGCGGCCCAUCCCCGUCGUCUUCUCAGCCAAGCGGCCCAAAGUCGACGGCAAGCGGGCAAAGCGCCAAAAGACCAACAAGGACGAUAAGAGCCACAUCAAUGCCGGCACAGCUGCCGAAAUCGCCAAGGAAAUCCAAAAGGCCCUCGGCUCGGCGCUCGUCAGCCUCUCCCCAACCACCAACACCGCCGUUCGAAUCGGCUACGCGAACUGGACGCCCGAGCAGAUCGCCGACAACGUCGACGCCGUCGUGACUGGCCUCGUCGGCAAGUGGGUGCCCCAGAAGUGGCGCAAUGUCCGCAGCAUCUACAUCAAGGGCCCCGACACCGCCGCCCUGCCCAUCUGGCUGACUGACGAGCUCUGGGUCGACGACAAGGACGUCGUGGCCGAUCAAGAGGCCGAGGCGACGGGCGCUGAGAAGGCCAAUGUCGGCAAGAAGCGCAAGUCGCUGGAUGCUGGCGCCGAGCCCGAGUCUGCUGCCCCCAAGAAGAGGGCCAAGAAGCAGGACAGGCUCAAUGCGGAGAGCAACGAUGACAAGUUGGACAAGCAGAUUACGGAGCGAAAGGCCAGGUUGAAGAAGCAAAAGGCUGCGGCUAAAAAGGCCAUGGAUGACUGA